AUGGAAGGCAGAUCAAGCAAACUGCCGUCAUUCCGCAAACCCACUCAUGCACUUCGCCCCGGUUACUACUACGGCUAUCUAAAUAAUGAUUUAGUAUUUCAGCGGAGGUCGGCUGGAUCUGUCUUGCAGUUAAUUCGGAAAAAAUGGGGUUAUGUUCUCUUUGUCGUUACCAUGAUAAUACUAGUAACUGCAAGGAUAAGAUUGACAAAACCACCCGAUCCUUUCGAAGAAACACCAGCCAUGACAGGCCAUUCCUCCCCUCAACAACCACAGAAACCCCGCCCACCACCACUGUUCUCCACAUUCACCGACAACUAUCCCAAACAAUUAGCUGUUUUAAUAGUACCCACAACAAAUACUUCGCUCAGUACUUAUUGUCGGGCAAUAGUCGAUACAUGGGGCAAAGUUGCUAGGUCUAACAAGUCGCUCAAGCCCAAAAUACUGAGCGACGAGCAGAACAAGUUUAAAACAGUUACCAAGGCUCUCCAUUUCCUGUAUUCUUAUCAUCUGGAUCAUUACAAUUACUUUUUAAAAGUGACCGAUCGAACCUUUGUUCGUCUACCCCGCCUUCUUGACCACUUGAACUCUUUAAAAUCUCCUACUCAUCCUCGACUAAUAGGUAAUCCUCAGCUGGACCCUCUAUCAGAUAUAAAAUUCUGUUCAACCGCAUCUGGAUACAUCUUCAGUAAAGGCCUUCUUGCCAUUGCGGGUGCUCAUCUUCCAUUUUGUCUUGAAGAGGAAGGCUCAGUGUCUGAGGAGAAAGCAAUGAGCAGAUGUCUGACAGAACACGUGCCCAAAUUUGAGGGAUGUCAGCAUCUGCCGACUGGGACUGGACGUGAGUUGUUGAGCUUGCGUCCAGACGACGAGGUUUCUUGGAACAUGAUGAAUCAUCCUGAGGAGACUUUUGAUGAUGGAUUUGUGGAUGCAUGGCGUUUUUCAACAGUUGUUACUGUUGGCGAGGUUAAUUCCGUCAAUUUAUUAUUUAAGCUAAACGAUAGAUACGGCGUGGGUGGAAAAUAUGACAAGUUAUCAAUGGACAAGGCUGCUUUUCCGUCUCAGCAUUUGACGAAUUUGAGACCAGUGGCUGCCAAACACGAUAACGAGAACGUGCCUAAAAAGUUAGUUUACGAGGAGAAUGAGGAUGGCGAUAAAAAUCCUAAUCACGACGACGGCGUAGAAGAUCGUGGUGCUAAUUAUUACAACGACGACGGCGUAGAAGAUCGUGGUGCUAAUUAUUACAACGACGACGAUGCAGAAGAAAUACGCGAUCUUGUUGACAUCAACGACGAUGCGGAAGAUGUACGUGAUACGAAUUACAAUAACGACGAUGCAGAAGAUGUACGCGAUACUAAUUAUAACAACGACGCAGAGGAUGUACGCGAUACUAAUUACAACAACGACGAUGCAGAAGAUGUACGCGAUACUAAUUACAACAACGACGAUGCAGAAGAU